AUCCUCAUCAGAGCAAUAAAUGGCCACCAACUCACCAUAUAAACUUUGCCCAAAUGGCCAAAUCUUGAAGAUCUCUGCCGUCCUGUUUCAGAGGCAGAGAGCACUGGGUUAUUUUGGAUCAAGAAGAAGAAGAAGAAGAAGAAGAAGACAAGAUGGAAGCUGCAGCAGGAGGGAGGUGCUUACAGUACCACUCAGCAAAGCCAUCUCUUGUUGCUGCUGCAACAGCUUCUGCUUCUUCUUCUUCAUCAAUCCCUCUCAAAACCAGCAGCAGCUUCUUGAAAGGGCUUAGGAUAAAAGGAAGGAACCAGCUGCCGCGGAAGCAGAGCACUAGUACUGGGUUCCCUCGUGUAGUAGUUCAAGCUUCUUCAGCAGCUGAAACCACAUCAUCCACUACAACUUCUGCUGUUCAAGAAAGAUGGAUUCUUGUUCCAGUUGGAGAUGGAGACACGAGGCACAUUGGAUUUGAGGUUAAGAUGCCCGGCGCCUUCGAAAUUGCCUCAAAUGAGGUGACAGUUGGGCGUGUUCCUGAGAAAGCUAACAUGGUCAUCCCGGUUGCUACAGUGUCUGGAGUGCACGCUAGGAUCCAGAAGAAAGGAGGGAACCUUUUGGUGACGGAUUUGGACAGCACCAACGGCACUUUCAUCGGCGACAAGCGCCUCCGGCCUGGCGUUGCUUCCACUCUCGUUUCUGGCAAUGUCGUCAUUUUUGGGGACAUUCAUCUCGCGAUGUUUCGAGCUUCGAAAUUGGAGAACGUGGAAGUUGCUGCUUCCAAUGGCUCGUCAACCGAGGAAGGAGAAGCAACGACAGAGACCGAGAAGUCGACAGAAUCCACUAGUAGUUAGUUAGAAGGAAAAAAAUGAUACAAGUCGUGCUACUGGUUGGUUAAUGAUGGUCAUGGUUCAUUUCGGUUCAAGAAUUGUAUCAAAGUUGAAAUGAAUCAAAUUAUUACUACAUUCGUUUCAAUCUGGUAUGAUUAUGAUGUAGUCGGCUUAUUACUUUACUUUCAAU